GGAGAAGGUGCCGGUCCUGCGGAGCUCGGUGAGCGGCGUCGAGUCCCGUCUCACUGCCUCCCUGGAAGUGCCGCUGGGAGCGCGUCUGGACUCCGCUCAAGUUUGAUUUCGGACCGUUACCCUCCCGGUGAGCUCUGCGCACCUGCCGACAUUUGCGAGACACCAUGAUCCGACUGGAGGAGGAUAACCGCGCUCGGCUAGCAGACAGCAUGGACACCAAAAGGCUCUCUGCUGAAAGGUGACCUCCACACGAUCCACCUCCCCAAAAUAUUUGGGUCCCUGCUCUUGCGUCAGGAUGCAGACCUUCAAGACGGUAGAGACCCAGGUCCCUUUCCUGAAGGAGAGCUUCUUCACCACCACCUUCAAGGGGCGCAGGAAGAGCAGCGCCACCAACCUCCUGCGCCAACAACUGCAGCUGAGUCCACAGCAAUGCAUUCUGGAGCAGCAGGUUUCCCCCCAAAUCAUUUCCCCCUCAGUAGAGAAUGGGCAGAGUCCGCGCAUGUCUCGCUCGAACAGCAGCCCGUUAUGCAAGAUCUCUGAGCUCGUGGGAGCAGAUGGGGAGAGGAGGGAGGGGCCCAAAGAUAGAAUGUAUCAGAAAGUGAGAGAGGCUGUGCAGUGGAGGGGGGAAGUGCGAGGACUGAGUGGUAGUGAGCCGGCGGCUGUCAGUGCCAGUCCCCUCCUCCUCUCGUCAUCAUCAUCAUCAUCAUCAUCCAGACCACAGAGGGAGGCGUCAUCACAUCAGGGUGGACCUGCCGUGGGAACACAGCACGGAUCAGAAGGCCAGCAUGCCCCCCCUCGAUCCCAGCAGCAUGGCCUGUUAGCCAAAGGCGUCCGCCUGCUCAGGAACAUGGGCAACCAGGAGGCAAAGCAAAGGAAAGCAGGACAGGGGAAGGAUGCCCAGUGUGAGGGGGGUGAUGCUGAGGAGGGGGAUAAGAGAUCCAAAAAGUCGGGUAAAGUCGCAGACCAGAGUGGAAAGAAGAAAGCCAAGUCGGACGUCUCGAAAGGUUCUGUAUUCGCAGGGAUGAAGAUCAGGAAGAGCUCAAAGGCGAGAGUAGUUUCGAAGUAUGGAGAGGGAAAGUCGGAUCACACUGCUGGGUUCAAGAAUGGAACAGAGGCCAGCAUGUCAGCAGAUGAGAUCCUCUCGGACGCAGAGUUGGACCUGAAUGGCCUGGCUGAAGACCAGACAGGUGUCGGCCUCAAGAGGAACUCCGGGUCUGAUGUUGACCUCUACAGUUUCCACUCGGCGGCCGCCGAAAAUGAAGACCUGCUGUCCGACAUCCAGCAGGCGAUGAGGGACCAGAAUUUGUCAAGUGAGAGGGUUCUGGAAGUGACCGGGUAUCAAGGUAAAACGGGGACACUAGAUCUGACGUUGCACUUGGAAGAGGACGUGUUUAGUGAUGAGCGAAAUAAGUGUGAGAACGAAAGUCAGGACCCGCAGAUGUCAAAUGAGUUAACCGGACCAGGGUCUUUCAGUGAAAGUGGCCCGUCUUCUUCGGCUCCUGACACAGAGAGAAGCAGCAUUUUCCCCAAAACCAACAGCACGUACAGCUUCCCCGACACCACUGCAACCACCACCUCCUACGAAAGUGCCGAGGAGCACCAUGAAGACCUAGAGAGCCCAAGUGUGUACCCGCAGCCCAGUCAAUCAAGUGUGCCCUCUGUGCACCUGUCGCCAGCAGGUGCAGAUUCCCCAAAAGGGGUACACAGGCGUGCAAGCAGCGUGGACCUCCCUAUGGAGAGGGUUGGGGAGGAGACCGUCACACAGGACUUUCUCUCUCUUAAAAAACGAAAGGACAGCUUGUCCUUUAACCAGCUGACAGCAGAGCAUUUCUCCUCCAGGACGUCCAUCAGCUCUCCAUCUACAGUCAAACUCUACCCUCCAGUCCACCCGUCCUAUGUCAAGACCACCACCAGACAACUCAGCUCUCCUAUCGGCUCCCCGCUGACCAGCCCCAAUGUUCCCAGGAGAACAGAUUCCACCUGUCCUCCGGUGGACCUUGGAGUUACUCAUGGAAUGCGUCGUCGCAAACAACGGUCUUGUUCCAUCGCUGGACCCCUGUCCGGAUCUGCGGACUGGUCUCCGGAGCUGGAGCAGCUCAGGAUACUCCAGAGCGGCGGGACCAGAUCCUCUGAGCAGGAGAAGGGUUCCACGGGUGGACACUACUGGACACUGGGCUCCAGGAGGGCCCAGUAUGGACGCAGGACCUCAAGUACUUCAGCACCGUACCUGGAUAUCUUUUCUGGCCAGUCUCUGCUGGACCGGCUCUGCAUGCACCAUGAGGACGGCUCCACCCGGGACCAGGCCAGGACGCUGUGUCAGCGGCUGCUGGUGCAAGGUCUGCUGCACCCGCUCAGCACCAGCACCGGGGAGCUGAAUGGAGACAACUCUCCAGCUGCUGCGCCUGGCUUUAACGAGGAGCAGCUGUACACCUGGGCGUCAGUCGGCCUUCCAGUCUCUUCCCACCUGAGCGAGUUCUACGGAGGAAGAAGCAAAGCGUCAAGUUUACGAUCCCCUUUGCACCAUUCGCCGACCAAAAUAGUGGGAGCACCACAGACAGAAUCCAGUCGAUUGAAAUCCAGUCAGUCAUCAUCUGAGGAUGAAGGCUCGCUCAUCUCUCAGCUGGAGAAGACCAUUGGCGACCUCCAGGUUCAGAUUGCUGUGCUGCAGAGUCAGCAGCUGUCGCUGGCCCCCAGCGGCGAGGACAAGAUGAAGGCCGGGCUCAACCACAGGACCUCCCAGGACGACGGGUGGCUGUCAGAGAAGAGGCUGGAGGUGUCAGUCCAGACCACUCCGUUGGAAGAAGAGCAGAAGAUUGACUUGUCUCCCAAAUCUAAGGAGUGCUUUACCUGCACAUGCCAGCAGAGGCAGCAGAGUAGCACAGUCCCACCACCACCACCACCCCUAACGGGGGGAGUGCCUCCUCCUCCUCCUCCACCGCCUCCUUUACCAGGAGUCGCUAUUCCUCCUCCCCCUCCCUUACCAGGGUUUGGGCCUUGCCCACCACCACCACCACCACCACCACCACCACCUGCCUUUGGCCCUCCACCACCCCCUCCCCUCCCUGGUUUUGGACUUCCUCCCCCUCCUCCUCCACCAGGUAUGGGACCCCCACCUCCACCGCCGCCUCCUGGCAUGGGCCCGCCUCCUCCACCUCCUCCUCCAGGCUUUGGUCCUCCACCUCCCCCGGGUCCCACGCCACUUCUGACAGUCCAAGAAGCUACGGCUGCCAAAACAUUGAUCGAGCCCCCGAAACCAAUGAAGCCUCUCUACUGGACGCGCAUACAGCUGCAUUCUAAAAAACCGGCCGUAUGUCUGGUGUGGGAGAAGGUGGAAGAGCCGACCGUGGACUUUGUGGAGUUUGUGGAACUCUUCUCCAAAAGUGCCGUUAAGGAAAAGAAGAAGCCAAUUUCCGACACGAUCAGCAAAUCCAAAGCCAAGCAGGUGGUGAAGCUUUUGAGCAACAAACGGUCGCAAGCUGUUGGAAUCCUGAUGUCCAGCAUCCAUCUGGACAUGAAGGACAUUCACCAAGCUGUCCUCAACAUGGAUAACACAGUCGUGGAUCUGGAGACUCUGCAAGCCCUGUAUGAAAAUCGAGCUCAGAGUGACGAGAGAGAAAGCAUCGCCAAGCACGUCACUUCAGCCAAAGACAAAGACGACGCCAAACCGCUGGACAAGCCCGAGCAGUUUUUGUUCCAGCUAUCCCAGAUCCCAAAUUUCUCUGAGAGGGUCUUCUGCAUACUGUUCCAGUCCACCUUCCAUGAAUGCAUCAGCUCCAUUCUUCGGAAAAUUGAAAUCCUUCAGAGAGUAUGCAAGAGUUUGCAGAGUAGCAAGAGCGUGUUGCAGAUUCUCGGCCUUGUUCUGGCUUUCGGCAACUUCAUGAAUGGGGGGAACCGCUCUCGAGGGCAAGCUGACGGCUUCACUCUGGACAUCCUGCCAAAACUGAAGGACGUGAAAAGCAGCGACAACUCCCACAGUCUUUUGUCCUUCAUCGUUUCUUACUAUCUCAAGCACUUUGAUGAGGAGGCUGGCAGAGAGACGUGUGUCUUCCCGCUCCCUGAGCCCCAGGAUCUGUUCCAGGCCUCUCAGAUGAAGUUUGAGGAUUUUCAAAAAGACCUUCGCAAGCUAAAGAAAGAUCUGAAUGCGUGCUCGACAGAGACGGAGAAGGUAUGCAAGUUGUCCUCUGAAGAAAACCUCCAGCCCUUUAAGGACAAGAUGGAUGCGUUUUUGAGCCAAGCCAAAACUGAACUGGAAACACAAGAGCAGCAGCUAACAGACACUCAGACGAUCUUCGUGGAGCUGAGCGUGUCGUUCUCAGUUAAGCCCAAAGCAGGAGAGAAAGAAGUUUCUCCUGGCACUCUCUUCGGCGUCUGGCACGAGUUCGCCACCGAUUUCAAAGAUCAGUGGAAGAAGCAGAACAAGCUGAUGCUGCAGGAGCGGGUGAAGAUGGCGGAGGAGUGCUUCAAACAGGCCAAAGAGAAAGCAUCUUACAACGUCAAACCCAAACACGCCAGCGGAAUCAAAGCCAAACUUGGUCGGAAGAUCUGAGGCAGGACUGUUGCACAAAGUACAAUCUGUUCUGGCGUCAGACGUUCAUUUGCUUUUGAUAUUUUCAUAAAUACAUUGAUAUGAUGGAGCCAAGUGUGUGUUCCGUUUGGCUUCCAGUUCAAGUGACCAAAGAAGGCUUUUGAAAAAGCGCCGCAUCCUCUCCGUAUCUGUUUUAUAAACCAUUUAUAGGCUGAUUUUCUUUCGGAAAGUCUGAUCCCCGACUCCCCCCCUCUCUUUUAUAACAUCUGUAAUGGAGAGCCUAACAAUCUGCCGGACAUGUGGUGCCUUAUCGUGGACAAUGAAGCGCUGUUUAUGUUCCCAUAAAUCAUUUGUUAUUAAAUUUGAUGAGAACUGUUUUUACAAAUGGCUAAGAUGCCACUAAUGAACUUUUGCUGACUCGUCCAAAUCAGUGACACGAUGUUCGAAUCACUCCCGUCCCUGUGUUGUGUUCAGCGACCCUCGUUCCGAUGCGUCCCAAACCCUCCAGGUGCGAGCGAGUAUAAAUAUGUCACUGAUUUAUUUUAACAGCUUUCAUUUGUUUAAAAAAAAAAGUCUAUGCAGUUCAUUUGACUUUCGUGUGAGGAAGUCACGAGCCAUGUGUUAAUGACGGUUGUGCGUUUUCAUUUCCAUGUGCAAUAUUCAUGUUUUUGAUUCAACGUCUUUCACCAGGAAUAAGAACUAUUUAUUCAAUAAAAGACUGCAUUUUAAGUUGGUUGUCGUCCUUCAUCAUGGAAGACCAGAGUCAUGAACGAAUACACCUUAGACUUACAGUAGUCACUUGUUUGAAGCUGUAUUUAAGUCUUAUCACCCUAAUAAAGUGAUUUCAUGCAGAAACGCUCAUAAAAAAUAUCCUCUCAUUCAGUAGCAUGUGAAUGAAGCAGGUGUGUGUGAGGAGGCUGCUGUCAAUGAGCC